ACCUGCCCCCAGGUGGAUCCCCGUGCGGAGCCGGUGGCACCCUUGGCACUCCUGGGCCAGGAUGGCAGGUCGGGGCGGAGCCGCUCGGCCCAACGGCCCGGCCGCUGGCAACAAGAUCUGCCAGUUCAAACUGGUGCUGCUGGGAGAGUCGGCCGUGGGCAAGUCCAGCCUGGUGCUGCGCUUCGUGAAGGGGCAGUUCCACGAGUACCAGGAGAGCACCAUCGGGGCCGCCUUCCUCACGCAGACGGUGUGCCUGGAUGACACGACGGUGAAGUUCGAGAUCUGGGACACGGCGGGGCAGGAGCGGUACCACAGCCUGGCUCCCAUGUACUACCGCGGGGCACAGGCGGCCAUCGUCGUCUACGACAUCACCAACACAGACACGUUUGUACGAGCCAAGAACUGGGUGAAAGAGUUGCAGAGGCAGGCUAGCCCAAAUAUUGUAAUUGCACUAGCAGGAAACAAGGCAGACCUUGCUACCAAGAGAGCUGUGGACUUCCAGGAUGCACAGAAGUAUGCAGAGGACAACAGCUUGCUGUUCAUGGAGACGUCGGCAAAGACAGCGAUGAAUGUGAACGAAAUCUUCAUGGCAAUAGCCAAGAAACUGCCAAAAAACGAACCCCAGAACGCUCCGGGUGGCCCGGGCAGGAAUCGGGUGGUGGACCUUCAGGAGAGCAGUCAGCCGAGCAGGAGCCAGUGCUGCAGCAACUGAGGAGCCCGAGCCUCGGGGCCGUGACUGGAACCCACGCUAACAACCGCACUUACCCUAGAGCGGCCGCCGCCCGCGCCCGCUGAGAUUGCUCCAUCCCCUUCUGAUCAUAGGCUGGAGGGAGUUCUUCCACCUGCACCUUUCUGUACAAAUACUAAUUCAAUUCUAAGUCUUAAGUCACUUUUUUAAUAUAUGAACUUCUGCUCUUCCCUCUCCUGGUGGUGGUGGAUGCGUGACCUGGCGUCUGCCCGGGCGGCUCCCCCUGCCCUGGGCGAGCAGGCGGCACCCAGGUCCCACUGGGCUGUAGUUCACUCCUGGAAGCAAAGGGAUAUCGAGGUGUAGUCAACCUGGUUAAAACAACCCGUGGGUAACAGCUGAGGCUGACCCUGUACGGUAUGCCCAGAACCACUAAACUGUAGCAUUAGUCACAAACUCUGGCUCUUCAGCCACUUAUUGACCAAAUCAAUUAUGAGUAUUCUGGGGUGGGGCAGAGGGAAGCAAAACUGGUUUCUUCUGUAUUUUGUAUUGUACGUUUCUUCAUGUAACCAAUCAGUAUCUUGUCAAUAUAGUACAUACAACGA